UGCUUGGCGCAGAGCUAUCCUCUCCAAAGUAGUGGGGAAUCCUGUGCGUAAUUCCACUGCAGCGCACAACCGCACACGAUGAGCGCAAAAGCAGAGCUUCCGGGCUGGCCAGAGUACCCGGAGGACCUUGCCCUGCUGCAGCAGAGAAACUUGGCCCACAUCAGCUCCAAAACUUGGAUUUCAUCUAAUUCGGACCGCGCCUUUACGCGGAGGGAAGCGCAAGCUGCAGCGGAGGCGGGGAUUUCACUGGAGAAACUCGGGCCGGUGGGGAAAAUCCACGAGUGCGCUUCCACAGAGACAGGCCACGCACGGGCAUCUGAUGGAGACAGGGGGGGCAGCUUAGGGCCCCAGAGACACCGGCGGGUCGCAGCCAACGCCAGGGAGAGGAGGAGGAUGCACGGUCUGAACAAAGCUUUUGACGAGCUGAGGAGCGUCAUCCCAUCUUUGGAAAAUGAGAAGAAGCUAUCAAAGUAUGAUACUCUCCAAAUGGCGCAGAUUUACAUCACGGAGCUGUCUGAGCUCCUGUCCGGCGUGGUUCAACAGGAAUCCAGGGGCCCCCGCUCAGCGUCUGCAGAUAAGACCUCCAGGAGGAGUUUGAUUCAAUCCCUCCGACCAGAGCAGGCAGAGCAGCCUCCAAUCCUGCUGAACGCAGAGGAGCAGCAGCAGAGAGACCCAUCCAUCAACCACCUGAUCAUACUCAGACCUCCAUCUCUGUUAGAGUCAAAUAAAUCAGAGGCCUCCACAAACAGCAGCGAUGACGAAUCCUCAAAUCACAGCAACAUGGAGGACAGUGGAAGUGGGAGACAGUGACAGAAAACCAGUUACCUCUCACUGGUUCCCACAUGUUCAUCUGGCAGUGGAGAACAGCUGUCACCUCUGAUAGAUUAGAUGAUGCACUGCUGGAUUUCUAAAGUGAUGGACACUCAUUCAUUCUCAUUUCUCUGAGAUCCUGAUUUGGUUUCUUCUUGAUGAACUAAAAAAGGUCUUUAUUUGCACUUUAAGGUCCUGAACAACAAGUAGCGGCAUUUUCCAGAGUUACUGGUUGGAUUCUAGCUUUUAUUUCUAAAUAAAACAAGUAUUUUUCUAUUUAAGAAUAGCUUAUGUGUAUUUUAUGAGGGAUGUUUUUGCUACAAUAAAGAUUUAAUGAAGUA